AUGGCUGUUUCUCAAAGCUUGUUAGAAGGGAUUAUACUGAUAUUUGGGAAGAGGAUAAGUGCACACAAUAUUCUAGUGGUACAGGAGGUGGUUCACACCGUGCGUAAUAAGAAUCAAGGAAAAGGAAUCAUGGCUAUAAAGAUCGACCUGGAGAAGGCCUAUAACAGGCAGCUACUAAGCCAGGAGCUUGGAAUGACCCUGAAGACUAAUCUGGAAAAAUACUUAGGAGUAUCCUUGAUCACGCAGAAGUGGAGAUGCACUCUUAUCCAAUCGGUGUUAUCAACCAUUCCUAGUUACUACAUGCAGACUAUGAAGAUUCCUAUUGCGGUUUAUGUUAAAAUAGAUAAACUUUGUAGGGACUUCCUAUGGGGCAAUAGCGAAGAUGAUGAAAAGGUCCAUUUCUUAAGUUGGGAGAAAAUCUGUAAACCAAAGGAGGAGGGUGGAUUGUGGAUUCAAAAGGCACAGGAGACCAAUCAACUGUUUCUUAUGAAACUUGCUUAG